GAAGCGGCCACAGGCGGCCCACUCUGUCAGGUGUGUGGGGCCGCGGGCGUGUCAAGUCCUCCGGCCACCGUGUGCGCCGCUCGCCCGCCUGCGGCGUCAGCGCCCUCGCCUCGGCCUCCCUCGUCCUCCCGGCCGGCCCUCGCAGUCUCCGCGAGCCACCCCGGACCUUGCGCCCACGAGCUCUCCCGGCGCCCGCUCGACGGGGCCGCCUCCGGCCAUGGUACCGUCCCAGGAGGAGCCCGUGGCCGCUGCCGCGCGGGGGACAAGCCAGGCGCAGCCGCCGGGGCCCGCGCCCUCGGAUGACGCUCCGUUGCCCGUCCCGGGACCCUCGGACGGCCCCGACGUGGCUGCAGAGAAGGUGGAGGUGGAGCUGGCGAAGUCAACGGGCGAAGAGCCCCCCGUCCCCCCUGAGGGCGGCUGGGGCUGGCUGGUGAUGCUGGCGGCUAUGUGGUGCAACGGGUCGGUGUUCGGCAUCCAGAACGCCUACGGGGUGCUCUUCGUGUCCAUGCAGGACACCUUCCGGGCCAAGGACGGUGACAACAUGGCCUUCAAGACAGCGUGGGUCGGCUCGCUGUCCAUGGGCAUGAUCUUCUUCUGCUGCCCCAUAGUCAGUGUCUUCACAGACAUGUUUGGCUGCCGGAAAACAGCUGUCAUGGGUGCUGCCGUGGGGUUCAUCGGACUCAUGUCCAGUUCUUUCGUAAGCUCCAUCGAGCCUCUGUACCUUACCUAUGGAAUCAUAUUUGCCUGCGGCUGCUCCUUUGCAUACCAGCCUUCAUUGGUUAUUUUGGGACACUACUUCAAGAAGCGCCUUGGACUAGUUAACGGCAUCGUCACGGCCGGCAGCAGUGUCUUCACAAUUUUGCUACCUUUGCUUUUAGGGAGUCUGACCGUCAGAGUGGGCCUCUUUAACACCCUGAGAGUCCUCUGCAUCUUCAUGUUUGUUCUCUUUCUGGCUGGCUUUACUUACCGCCCUCUUGUUCCCAGUGCCAAAGAGAAAGAGAGCGGGAGCAGCAGACUCUCCUUCUUUUCCAGGAGAAAGCUCAGUCCUCCAAAAAAGUUUUUCAAUUUUGCCAUCUUCAAGGUGACAGCGUAUGCAGUGUGGGCUGCUGGGAUACCACUUGCACUUUUUGGAUACUUUGUGCCUUAUGUCCACUUGAUGAACCAUGCAAAGGAAAAAUUUCAAGAUGACAAGAACAAUGAGGUGCUUUUCAUGUGCAUUGGCAUCACUUCUGGAGUUGGGCGCCUUCUCUUUGGCCGCAUUGCAGACUACGUUCCCGGAAUGAAGAAGGUUUACCUGCAGGUGCUCUCCUUUUUCUUCAUUGGUCUGAUGUCCAUGAUGAUUCCGCUGUGCAGCGCCUUCGGGGGGCUCAUUGCUGUCUGCCUCAUCAUGGGUCUCUUCGAUGGAUGCUUCAUUUCUAUCAUGGCUCCCAUUGCCUUUGAACUAGUCGGUCCUCAGGAUGCUUCCCAAGCAAUUGGAUUUCUGCUUGGAUUCAUGUCUAUACCCAUGACUGUAGGUCCUCCAGUUGCAGGGUUACUUCAUGACAAGCUGGGCUCCUAUGAUGUGGCCUUUUACCUUGCUGGCAUCCCUCCCUUUGUUGGCGGUGCUGUGCUUUGUUUAAUCCCGUGGAUCCACAGUAAGAAGCAGAGAGAGACCAGUAAGAGCACUGGAGGGGAGAAGACGGAGAAGAUGCUGGAGAACCAGAACUCUCUACUCUCCAGCUCCUCUGGGAUCUUCAAAAAACAAUCUGACUCUGUUAUUUAAUGCCAUGCAUACCUCCACCUGACUGGAUUUGCUUUUGAAGUUUCCCUUUUAUAUGAAUUGCAAAUUUCUUAUUUUUUUAAUCAUCCUUGGAACAGCACAAAUGGAAAAUGGAAUCUUUAUUACUACCAGAACCAUUUUCUCUCCCCAGAUAGCUUUGGUAUUUCCAGGAAUCAGAGGGAAGAGACUGUUACAGGCAAACGUAUCUGGAAAUCAAAUUUGAACAUUCAAAGCUAUCCAAGUAACAAGCAGCCAUGGAAGCCAUGGAUGCUGUGUAGCUGGCACAGACACAUACAGUGUACCUGAAGUAUUUUGUUGGUUGCUCCAUUUGGUGUUUUUAGUUCCAGUGUUUUAGUUUCUCCUGCAUUUGGGGACUUUUUGCGAAAUUUAAGCCUGGAUCCUAGAUAAUAGCAGGCCAAUGUAAACCUCAAGUCUGUUAAGUGAUUUAAGCUAUAAAACUGGGAGAUUCUGACAUGCUCCAGUAUCAAGGGACCUGCUGGGAGCAGUAGCUCAUAGACAGACACCCAGGAUGGAGAUGAAGGCUCCUCUCACAGGCAGCCGUCGGGCAUUUCCUCCACUAACCUUUCUUCCCUUUGGUCUGUAGUGUGUUUUACUCCAAUAGCCAGAAACACCCCAAAUUUCUGAUUUUUGUGUAAACAAUAAAGUAAAACAGAAUGUGUAAAAGAUAUCCUGACAAUUUUAACAGAAAUUUUCUGACUUGUGGAUUUAUUAGCACUGUAUUGUAAGUGUCUUAUUGAGCAUGUUAUCAGCUGGCAUAAUGGACACAGAUUAGAAGUAGUACAGGACUGUUUUAUCCACUGGGAAAACAUUUGAUAGAAAUAAUUGUUUAAAUUGACUUGUGAAAUUCAUUGUUCUAGCAGGUUAAAUAUACUUAUAAAAAGAAACAAUUCCUAAAUUUUCAAAAAAAUUUUAACAGAAAUUUGCAUUUGUGUGAUAUAGUCAUAUGCUGGUGACAUGGUCACAUUGAGAAACCUGAUGGCCUGUGCUUUUAUUGUGUAGACAUUGCAGGAUUGACAUGCACCAACUGAGGAAAUGCCAUUGUAAUCAACCGAUAGGGUCUCGUUGGCACAGUUCUUUGACUAGAAAUCAAUGUGGUAUUUAUCUGCCAUGUGCUCCUUAUUAAUCCCCCCCUGCCCGAUUUAUGUCUAGACUGUAGAAAGCAAGGUAUUAGCUCCAAGGAUCUAAAAUUAAAACCAAAGUUGGGUCAUGACCCAUUACUCAUUUAUAGAAAAAGGAACACAUUCCUAUAUCUUUGAAAUUAUAUUUUAGGCCUUUAAAGGUUAAAAUGUGAAGUGUAUUUAAAUCGUUAACUUAGAUGAAUAUUAAAUCAUAGUUGAAUGUA